AUGUACAACGAUAGCUACAAAUUUUCCUUUUCAUCGCCAAGAGAGAGGAUUAAGGAGAAGAUGAAAUCCUCGAUCUCCUGCUUUGGUUGGACGCCAUACAUUGAAAUCUCUGUCGCCAUGGGCCAAAUAGAGGAGGAGGUGAAGAAGUCAAGGACGCCGAGAACGCCUCACAUAAAGGAAAAGUGCAAAAGCUUCAUCUCUAGGAUUGGGAAAGGAGGGCGUAAGCAAUACAACUCCUCGGAUUUCAGUUACGACCCCCUGAGCUACGCGCUGAAUUUCGAGGAUGAGACACACCUAGCCGACAAGCUUCAGAAUAACAUUAUGAACUUUACGUCCCGGCUUCCUCCCACACCUGAUAGAGCUCCAGUCAUUAAGUCCUUCCAACCGACGCCGGUAUCCAUAAGAAGAGAACUCUUUGCGCACUGUUGA